AUGUCUGAUGUAAAUCAGGAGUCAGAGGUAAUUUAUAGGUUUUCUUUUAGUAUUAAUAGCGUAAGAAUAAUACAGCUUGUAUCGUUUGUUUUCGUAUUUCCCAGUUUGUUUUCAAUUGAUGAAUCAACCUUCGAUCAAGGAUUUUGUGUUACCUUCAGAUCCCUUUUAGAAUAGCUCGGGUAAUAUUUUUUGGGGGGAGCUAGAGCUCUGUCUUUGGUCCACAUAGAAAUGUAGUUAAAGGUUAAUACUCGUAUUAUGAUCGUGGAGAAGUAGUAAAGUCAUGUAACUAAGAAUUUAAUAAUCGUGACGACCUCAUGGUAGUGUGUCUCCAAUGACGAUGAAAAAAAACAUGUUCAACGCGAGCAACUCGUUAGUGCCCAUAAAGCUUAUGGGCUACUACUUGAAUUUAGACCAUUCCUUCAAGCCUAGGCCUUAGCCUUUUUGCUUUGAAUCUUUCUGCUAAAUAGUUUACAUAUGGGUAUUUCUUUCCAAAUUCUCAAAAUACAGAAUUCAUUGCCUCUCCGUCUCCAUCACGAGUUAGCAGUUAAAUAUUCAAUUAGUAAUGGUUGUAGGACUGAGUGGAGUCCCAUCCAGUCUGUAAUCAUCCGAGUGAGUGACAAAAUAUUAUUUGGACGAUUGUGAAGCAGGAGUCUGAUUUGUUAAUUAUGAGUCUGAUUACAGACAGAAUUAGACUACAGGAAGAACUGUAAUACCAAUUAAUCAAUAAUUUGAUAAAAUUUGGGAAAUAAACUAACCUUUGGUUGUACAUUUUCACAAAAACCAAUAUUAAACUUGGAGAAAUAUGCAACAAAAGCGUGUACACAGAAUACAGUCCAUGAUGCAUAUAUUGUCAAAUUUGAGCGUGAUGAUUAUACUGCCCUAUUGGUGAUUGGAUCAGGCUGGUUAUAACCAGUCAUGUUAAGAAUUUUGUUAUAGGCUUAAUUUUUGUAAUCAUGAGAAACGACUUUGACAGAUUCUUAAAUAUUCCAAUUUUGUUUGACUAGCUUUUAAUAUAUUGCACUUUGCAGGGCGUGAAAUUGCACCUAGUACAGGCACCAAUUUGACUAAAUUCUUCACUUUGGCAACCAAAUCCUGAAAAUUAGUCACCAAAUUGGCGACUAGAAUGCUUCAUCAUAAACUUACCUAUAGAUAUAUUUUGAAUUAGGACCUGUUUAUAUGGGGGUGGGGGACCCCAGGUAGGCGAGGUAACCUGCCUAUCUAUAGUCUAUAUAAUUUCUUAUUUUAUCUUGAUCAUGUUUACAUGAUAGGUGGGGAAAUCCACCUAAGCAGGUUGCCUGGUCUGCCAGGUAGGGUAACCCUGUCAGCUGGGGUGACAAUUUGCUAUGAAAAUGUCUCAAGGUGGGGUAACCUACCUAGUCAGGGUUGUGUUCAUGGCAAAGAGCUCAAAAGCGAAACAUACACAUUUUAAAACUUUGUAUAUUUCCAAUGUGACUAAAUUUUUCACUUUGGCAACCAAAUCCUGAAAAUUAGUCGCCAAAUUGGCAACUAGAAUGCUUCAUCAUAAACUUACCUAGAGAUAUAUUGUGAAUUAGGACCUGUUUACAUGGAGGUGGGGGACCCCAGUAGAUGAGGUAACUCACCUAGGUGGGGUAACCUGCCUGUCUAUAUAAUUUCUUAUUUUAUCUUGAUCAUGUUUACAUGAUAGGUGGGGAAACCCUCCUAAGCGGGUUGCCUGGUCUGCCAGGAAGGGUAACCCUGUCAGCUGGGGUGACAAUUUGCUAUGAAAACAUUUCAAGGUGGGGUAACCCACGUAGCCAGGGUCGUGUUCAUGGCAAAAAUCUCAAAAGUGAAACAUACAUGUUUUAAAACUUUGUACAUUUCCUAGCCAUCUCAUGGCAGAAAUCACUGGAAACUGCAACGGACACACAAGGAGUGUAAAAUGUUCAGAUUUCAGAAUAUUUAGCGUUGUAAAUCAACCAUAAUUUGUUUCCGAACUAUUCCUUAUGACAUAUUAAGUCAACAGUACCUUGUGUAACCUAACAUUUCAUAACACAAUGCGUGAAGCUUUCAUUAAUAAAUACAUAUGUGUCUGAGAAUUAAUCUCUCAUCUUUCUGGAGAUGUGAGCCUGGGACACCUUUGCUCAAACUCCUUAAUUGCUAACGCAACAACAACCUCAAGAAACCUUACCCCAGCACCCUGGGGUUAUAAGAUUGUAUGUAAACAUAUUUUAAUUUUUGAUCACAGCUAGGCAGAUUACCUCACCUACGUAUCUAGGCUCCCCCACCUCCAUGUAAACAGGCCCUUAAAAAGAUUUGCAAAGAUAAAUCUGCGGCAAACUUCCUUAUGAAGUUUGUUUCCAAAAUGCAGCACAUACUUCUCAUCAAUUAAUAGAUGCCAUCUUGGAUUUAGAUGAACUUGAGCAUUGAAUAUUAUCCAUCCUAGUGUCCACUUUGUAGCAUGUUAAAGAUCUUUUUUCUAACUUAAUUUUGGAGGGUCUAUCUAGAACACUGACAGCACAAAAAAAGGUUUUGUUUGUCUUUAAAAAUGGUGACCAACUUUUUUUGACUGGCUACCACUUUGGCUAUCAGAAAAAAAAAAAAAAUUUACGCCCUGCUUUGUGCUAGGAGGAUUGAAUGUUAAACCAUUUUUUAAUGUGUGUUUGUCUUUCAGGAACUUGUUUCUAGUUCCAAACUUUCAGCUACUGUGCCUGCAUUUGUCCCCAAGAUAGCAAACAUCAGGUCAAAGCCUUCUGGCAGUGUGGUUGUUGACUCCAAGCUUUCCCCUCUUGUUCCAGAGUUCAAGCCAUCCAAUGUACCUUUCUCUCCUCCUUAUGCCAUUUCAUAUUACCAACCAGAGCACACUUUUGAUGAUCAGUACAACAACCAGAUUGAAUACAAGCAAGUAAGUCAUGGAAACAGCGGUUUAUCAGUGUAAAGAGUCAAACAUGACAGAUAGUUAACCCUUUAACUCCCAGAAGUGAUUGAAAUCCAAUUUCUCUUUCUAAUAUCCAUACAUUAUCCAGCAAAAAAGUAACGAGAAUACUCAUGUUGAUCAGGUAGAUGUUGUUUUCAUGAUAAAACAACAAAUUCUUGAAAUUAAUUUAUUGGAAAAUGUGUAGCAGCUAAAGAGGAGAAUUAACAGUCAUAUCUUAGGAGUUAGAGGGAUAUUAUUCACCUCAAUAAAGGUGGCUGGUGGUGGAUGUUUACCUUGCUGCUUGAAUGUUUUGCAAGUGAAAUAUCCACUGCAAGCUACUGACUGUAAUGUGAAUAGUUGUUUAAUAUAUAAAAAACAGUGAGAUAACAUAGCACAAAAAUAUGAUUUUAACUCAUGUAUUCCUGCAAUGAUCACAAAAUUUUUUGGCAUAAAUCGCAUAAGAGUUACUCAGAGAUGAAUAGCAAAGGAUAUUCAGUAUUUGAGUGGCCAGCCAGAGUGCAUCUUCAAUACUAUCUGCUAUUCUAGCACAUAUUAACACAUUUUAUCUCUUUUUUAUCUUAAGGGAAUAAAAGUGUAUUAGUAUCAUUAUUAUCAUCAUUAUCAUCAACAUUGCAGUGUUCUUCAAGUAAAAUUUAGUGUGUGUAGUACCUCUUAUUACCUCCAAAAUCGCUUGGAAUUCUUGAAAAUUAACCAGGUAAAAGGACUGCUCUACCAGUUGGAAAUUUUUUUUACCUGUUGUGCUUAAAACAAGGGAGAACACUGCAUUGUCAUUAGGGUAUACUUUAAAAUUCCUCUUGAAAUUCAAAAGUAGAAAACUGUAAUUUUUUCUUUGUCUCCAAAAUUAAAAUUUAUCAGGAUAUCUUCACCACAUGGAAGAGGAUACUGUUUUUCCUCAGACAUGUGAAGAAUCAAUAUUAUUGUGAAAACCCAUGUGUAAGAUUUUCUGAUUCACAAUUAUUACUUUUCCCCAGAAAAACCAGGGAGAUUAUCUAAAAUCCAAGAAAAGCACAGACCAAACUGGUGAGGGUGUUAUUACAAAGAGAAGGGUAGAAAUUAGUAAAGAGGAAACUUUUGUGGAAAAUGCUGCAGAUGAAAACCUCACAACAAAUACAAAGAAAAAAAGACGUAGAAGAAAACAAAAGGAACCUAAUGGCUCUACUCAACAACAAACCAAAGAAGAAUUAAACAGUGAAGGCCAAACCCGAGGCCCACAGGAGUUAAAUGAUGCAAACGAUAAAUCUGAUGGGAUAAAACACAACCAAGCCAACUCAACUCAUGAAAGUGAACAGUUUCCCAGUCUGCAACACAAUUCUUCAGUAGUUGAUUCUUCCAUAAAUAGCACUGAAUACAGAAAAUUGGAUACCAAAAGCUUAAUGGUGAGUUACAGUGACAAAGUGAAGAGUGUGGGAGCCAAAAAUGUGAGCAGUAGUAACCAUAGUGGUAUAACAAUUAAAUCUUGGAUGAAGGAUUUUAUGGAAAAUAACCCUAGUAGGAAAAACAAACACCUUUUGAGCUCAGAUAAUUAUGAGGGCAAGAAGGUAUCAACAGAUAGCUUGAGCUGUGAAAAUAAAAAAGAUGAUCAGAGGGAUGAUCAAGAGAAAGGACCAAAGGGAACAUGGAGUGCACUGGAGGAUAGUCGUUAUGAAAAAUUGAAAAAUGGUGAAAUCUCCAAUUUAGGAACUAGAACAGUGGAUCAAUCUUCUAGAAUGGCUAUGCAAAAUAAAAGAAAUUGUGUAAAAAAAUUGACUUGUGAUAAUGAUGACAACUGGAGACUCAAGAGGAAUGAGACUGAUGCUAUGAGACAUUCUACAAUUUCAAGCAAAAUGGAAACAUUUAGGAGUUCAAACAUUCAGAAUACUGAUACUGACUCUGGGAAGAAGAGAACUUUUCAAGAAAAAAUUGAAGUUGAUGGACAGAAAUGUGACACAAGACAUGUUGCACACAAAGAAAGUAGCAGAGUUAUCACCAAGAUUGAGACUUCAAAGAAACAGCAACUCUUGAAUGGAAUAAGUUUGGUUUUAUCAUCAAAUGAGACUGAUACAAGACAGCCUAGUUCAAAUGUUAAGAGAAACUUUCAGUUUAGCUCUCAGGGAACAUCUGAUGAGAAAGAAAGUUCAUUUAUUGGUUCUUCAAACAAUAGAAUGGCAGAAGGUGACUUUCCCAAUUUGUCUGAAAGUGUGAAAAUUAAAAGACCUUUCACUAUUGACAGACAGGCAACUGAGGUUAAGGAAAUGAUCAGUUCUCCCAAACAACCACCAGCUCCUUUGUCCUACAGUGCUGCAUUAAGGGCAGCACCUAAACCAAAGGUGAGUUACAAAGCAUGCUUGAAUGCUUAAUAAAUGCCCAAAGUGCUAUCUUUAGAUAUUAUACUUAUUGAUUGUGUUCCAUCAGAAAUUACCUACUAGUAAUCAGGAUCCUAAGAGUAACUUUUAUCAUGCUUGAUGAGUACUUUCCUUGCGAGGAAGCAUUUUUUCCCUUUUUGUUGCUGUAAAAUCAAUUAAGCUCCAGGUCUUUGACUCACUGUACUUUGCACAACCCAGGCCCUUGUUGUUGUAAGGGUGGAUAAGGCUAUCCAGUGGAUAAACUCUGUCUAGUCAAUAGCACAGUACACUUUGUAAAUGCUUAUCCACCAGACAGAGAUUUAUAUUGUGGAUAAUGCUGAACACUCUUUGAACAACUAGGCCCAGAUACCAGUUGGUGGAAGGGUGGAUAACACUUUCCAGUGGAUAAAUCUCUAUCCAGUGGAUAAAUCUCUAUCCAGUGGAUAAUGCUGUAAAUUUUGUUGACAUUAAUCUGUUGGAUAGCCAUUGAUCUACUGGUUAAAGUUAUCUGCCCUUUGAGUGAAAAUGGGUGUGUGAAAGUGUUAGGGAAUUGUGACAAAGUGUUCAUACGUAACUUAUGAUUGACUGGCAUUCCUUUAAAAGGAAUGAGAUCACAGACUCCUUAGAAAGCUUUGGCAGCUAUGCAAGGCAGUUGUAUACAGAUCUGUUUGAUUGUUAUUACCUAACAGCUACACAGCUAUAUAAUUACAUUGUCAAGGAAUAAUUUUGUGCAUUUGACUAUAUUACUUAACAGCCAGUUCUAGUCAGUCCCUCACAGGACAGUGAACAGUCUUCCAAAGAGGGUCGUGGAGUGCUGCAUCUUUCAGCAGAAGCCAUAGUGGAUACUGUGGAAGAUGGUGAAAAUCAAAAGAAGAAGAAGAAAAAGAGAAAGAAAAAGAAAUCUGCAGAGACAGGAGAGAAGGCACAACAGAAUGCAUCAUCCAAACGAACUGAAAAGCCUAUUCAAGUUGAUCUUGGAAGCAUGCUGAAAACAAUUUCAGUAAGAUAAUAUUGUUUCAUUUCUAUGCCCAUUAAUUGGGAAAGUAAAGAGACUUGAUUUUGGACUGUAGUGUGUAGGUUUCAUCUUAUAUCUAUUGUCAGUGGUUCCAUUUUUUGUUUGGUUGACAAUUUGACUUUGAUUUUCAGUUGUCUAACAUUCAUAGUGGUAGGUACCCUAAAUCACUGUUUGCUGCUUUCCAGUUUGUAGCUACAGCAGAAGUAAAUGUAGAAAUGCUUUUUUUCACUUUUUCAGGUUCCUGAACGAACACAAAGUGGUAAAAAGCAUGUGAUAUCCACUGGUGUGCUACCAAGUCAGCUGUCAACAACUGUUGAGGCAAAAUCUCCCAUGAAGAAUGCAUGGUUACAUAAGAGAGGAGAGAAUAAGGUACUUACAAUAGUUUUUUAGUGUUUACAAGUCUUGCAGCAGCCAAGAAUUUAUCAUAAAUCUUUGAACCUGACGGGAAGGUACAUUUGACUGGGUACAGAGAAUGUAUGUUCUGUAAUGAUACUGAUUUUACUAUCUAGACAAAUUUAGUGCUGAUGAAAAGGGUUGCAUUAUCCCUCUUUUUUAACUGGUCAGAAAUUGCAGGUGGUGAUACUUUGCCUUGGGUCUAGCUCUAGAAUCAACUGAGAAUUUUAAGUUAAUUGAUAAAUAUUACUGGUAAUUGUUUUAAAUUAGCUUCUUAUAAAAUUUCAGUGUAACUAUUAUAAUAUUUCUUUAAUUUGAAUAUCAUUAGGUCCCCCAUAACAUGUUAGACUCCACGGCUCCAGUUAUCAAACGUGGCAAAGAGAGAGAGACUCCAGCAAGAAAGAAGCCAAGUGCUCUGAAAAAGGUAUACAUAUAGGUUAAUAUUUGGAGCUGUCUAGACAUGAAUGUAAAUUUCUCUGUCAUAUGUGACAGACAAGGUUACAUUUGUUUCUGAUGAUCCAUUGACAAAAUCAUGGUCUGAAAGGUUACCUUCUUUAAAUUACUUUUUAACAGGCAAAGUUUAAGAGGGAGAUUAGGAUGAAUUCUAAUACUCUUGUCUGCCAGUGAAAUAUUUGUGAAUGGGGAUGCAAUAAGUAUAGGUGUUGUGUAUUCAUUUAGAGGAGACAGUCACUCUUUAACCCUUUAACUCUCAGAAGUGAUCAACAUGGAACUUCUCCUUUUAAUUAUUCAGCAAACAGGUAAUGAGAAUAUUCAAACUUAUCAGGUAAAAGUUGCUAUCUUGAUGUAGCACCAAGUUCUCUUAACUAAUUUACAAGGAAGUGUGUAGCAGCUAGAGGGGAGAAUUAACAAUCAGAUCUUGGGAGUUAAAGGGUUAACUGCUUUUUAUAUUCUGUCCUUAUUCAUUGAUCAACUAUCCAGUUAGCUGGUACAAUCAUGUUACUUGAUUUAAGUACUUUUACAUCAUUCAGAAGUGCCACAGUGAUAUUACUAACUUUGGUACAAGUAUUUUUUACUAGGCUUUCAAUACACCAUAUUAAUUGGAAAUAUCAUGAUUUUAAGUUAAGUUGGUGUUAAUAAGCGCAGUGAAUUCUUCCAAGAUGACAAAAUUGCACGAGCCCAUAGGGCAAGUGCAAGUUUUAGUCUUUAAAAAAUUUACAAGUGCUUAUUUACACCAAAUUGCACAAUAAAUCAUGUUAUUACUUAUUAAUAAAUUACAUGAAAAAAGCAUCACAGAAAGCCAAGACAAACAAAAUUCUGAAAGUGCAAAAUAUCCCCACAAAUAAAAAACUGUUUAAUCAUUUGUUACAAACAAUUAAACAGUUUAUUUUUGCUUACUGUCAUAAUGAACAAUAACCCUCUUUAGGAUAUCCCCACAAAUGUUUUUGAAAUAUCACAAUAUUGUUUUAUUCAAAAUUCAAUUAUAUUUUUACAGCAUAUGGUUUAGGACUAAGACUAACAGUCAAGAGUUAAAGAUGAAUAAUUCUGGAAGGAUUAAGUUUUGGAGAGUUAUUCUGCCAUGACCUUGUAGUCUCUGAAUUUAAAACAUCCAGUACUAGACAUGUUCAUGAUUUAUACAACAUCAUUAUAAGUAUAUGUGUAGUCGAAUUCUACAGAAGAUUCAAUGUGAAUGUUUAGUUAAAUUGUCUCUGUAGAUUAUUCUGAAAGAAAGAGAAGAGAAGAAGAAAGCAAGAGAGACUGGGGGAACUUCAGAUACUGACAAAGACAAUGAAGUUUGUGAAGAUAAAGAAAACAGGUUUGUGGAGAUUGUCGUGGUUGUCACACCAUUCCUUUAACUCUUAAACUCUCAUAAGUGACCAAGACAGAAUUUCUCCUUAUAAUAUCAUUACAACAUCAACCAGACAAGUGAUGAGACUUCUCUCAGUAACUUGGGUGGAUCCUGAUUUCUUUGUUUUUUUUUAGGACAAAUAACUCUGAAUUUGAGAAUGCUGCUUUAGAGGAAGACAUGCAAAGUCCAUCAGAAGGUAGUAGAGAAAUGUGUUUUAAAAAAAAAACAGAUAAAUAAAAUGGAGGCAUGCUUCAGACCAAUGACUUCUGGCAAAUUUAUUUUUAAUGUUGAAAAAAGUCUGGAUCCAGCUUUUUAUUCUUUUGUUAUUUUGAGGUAAUGUCUUUCUACUUUGAGGAGAAAAGUCUAAUUUGGUCAGUGAAAUAAUGAAAUACCAAGGAAGAACAAUGUUUCUUUGAUGCAGCAAGACAUACAGGAUAAUGUGCAUGCAUAUGAUGUUGUGAAAGGCAAUGAACAAGAUAGAAGCUGAUGUGAGAUUUUUAGGUUUGGGGCAGAGGAGAAGAGGGUUCCCUCUAUUGUAUAUAAGUGUUAUACUAGCAUGUAGGGUUAACAAUUAUUAUUAUUUUUUUUUCAUCAACAGAAACAACAACAAAAACAACAGAAGCCAUCUUUUUAAAACAAAUUUGUGGUAAAUACAUGAAUAUUGAUUCUAGGUUAAAUUUUUGCUAACUGAGAAAGUACAGCCAUUUUAAACAGAGUGAUUGCUAGUCAUGUCAAUUGGCCCAGCCAUAUGGUGAAGAACAGCAAAUACUAAAACAGAGCUGGAGGAUACAAACAUAAAUUAUUUAAAUGCACAUCACAAAAACAAAAAUGAAAAAAAGGUCUGUGUGCUUGUUAUCAGAUACUUUUCAGUAUAUCUUGGCAUUUUUAAGAGGAAGAUCUGAAAUGGCAUACUCUCCCUCUCUUUCCUUGUUAUACUGACAAUAAAGCUUAAUGUAAAGUAAUAAAUUUAUUUAUUUAUUCUCCCUGUAUACAUGAUCAUUAAUUUACAUGUAGCUUACAAUGUAAUCUUGAACAUUCAGAGUGAAUUUAUUUUAUUCAAACAUAGUGCCUGUCUUCUUUUUAGAUGACAAUUCUGGGGCACAAGCAUCUUUUCCUACAGAUCAAGAAAUAGCCGCUGAAAUUCACAGCCGUCGUUUUAGAGAGUAAGAUUGUGAUUUAUUUUUGCAGAAUUCUUACACUAAAAGUACUUGGAUUUGUGCCUAUUGUACACAUAUACUUGCCAUUCCAAGAACAGGAAGCCUGGAAUUUCUAAAAAACAUUGUCUUAUUUUUGAAUUUCUUGAGUUAUUAUUAAUAGUUUAUUUUGUUUAAAUUUUUAAAACAAUUCAAACCUGAAUGUUGAGACACAUUUUUGGAUUUCUAGGAACAAGGAAAAGUAGUUAUAUGAUAGUUAAUAUGCAUUUUUCAAUUUUGUAAUUAGAAUCAAAGUCACUGAUUCUGCUCUAAAUAUAAGGUUUCUUGUUCUAUCAACAAAAUGUUUUAUGUUACUCAUGAAAACAUUUUAUGGCAUCAUUCAUGGUUGAUACCCUUUACUUGACACUUUCAUUCCUUAUUACCAUCAUUAUAGCCAUGUUGUAGUUCUUAUUCCCCUUGGUACUCUAUUGAUUAACAAAAUCUGAAAGAAAAGACAUUUUAAAUAAAGCUGGGUUCAAAAAUGGUUAUCCUGGACCAUGAAAAAAUCUGAACUGCAACAGGUAUGCGCAAAAACCAUUUCCUAUAUUCAUAAACACAAUUACAAGAUAAUGAGAAAACUUUAGAAAAGGAAGUGUGUGGUAUUAAUAUUUUCAGGCAUUGAAUUGCACCCUAGGUGCACCUUGUCAAUUAUGCAAGCAUAAAAUAAUUCUGGCAUUAUUAUCUCUGCUAAUAAUUCUGUUAUAAGUUAUGUACUUAAUUUAACAGAUAGUGUACUAAUCCUCUAACGAAUCUUACACUGUCUCACUUUUAAAAAUGAAUUCACUUUCCUUUCAAUGCAUUUCCUGAUUUCAUGUAAUGGUCCCAAAAACAAUUUGUUCCAUGGCAUGUAUGCAGUUGAUUUUUACUUUUUUCAGAUAUUGCUUUCAAGUUCCAGAUAAGGAGGUGGACUCUGUGGCAACUGAACUGUUGAGAGAACUUGUGCGUUUUCAAGACAGGCAGUUUCACAAGGAUCCAGUGAAGGUAAAUUUUUCCACUCUGAUGAUAUAACCCUUUGAACACAGAUUCACUUGCAUCUAAUUUCUCCUCUAUGUUUCAGCCCUGAAUCACACUUUGUGGUCACAGGAAUAAAAGAAAUGAUUGCCAACGAAAGAAGUUGAUGAUUUUUAAACAAAAUCUCUUUUUUAGCAUCAUAGGAAAUGUCAAGAAAACAGUAUGGGGAAAAUACAUAUGGAUGUUAGGGUGUGAAGGGUUAAUUGCAGAUAUUGACUUUCUUUUAUAGGCCAAAGCAAAGAGAAGAUUUGUGCUAGGCCUUAGAGAGGUCAGCAAACACCUCAAGUUGAGGAGGGUGAAAUGUGUGAUUAUAUCCUCAAAUGUGGAACGUAUCAAAUCUGCCGGUAAGUUGUUUCUCAAAACAUAUUAAAGUCAUUGAGUCAUUGCAGGUAGAAAAGUUAAAUCAUUCAUCAUUCUCUAUGGUUAAACUUGUAGUAUUUCACUGUCUAAACAGUUUUCUUGCAAUUUUGCAUUGGCUAACAAUUGUCAGGUUUUAUAACAUGAAAGAGUAAACUUGCAAUUCAGCAAAUUAUUUUAGUCGAGGUGGUAGACUUCUGUUGAUGUCCACCCCAUUUUUUUUCAUGUUGCUGCAACAAGGGAAUUGAAAAUAAAGAUAAAGCAAUGUUUGCUUUACGUCUCCUUUGUGAAUGUGGAGUUCUUUCAUUGCAAUCGCUCUGACUUGUUUUUUGUACUUUGUACAGUAAGAAAAUAUCUUGAAUAGUGGUUGCUGGUGCAAAAAUUAUGCUCACCCUGUAAUUAUUUGUUGUCUCAAGUACAUUAAAUUACUUCUUUCCUGAAAUGAUUUUGUGUCAUACCCAAAAACCUGGCUUUAGAUUAUGGUCAUUUGUGAUUCCUGACUAUGAAAUCAAACAUCUGUCAAUAAUUGAAAUGAUAUAAAAUUACUACUAUUAUGAUAUUCUUCAGGAGGUCUAGAUGACACCCUUAGCAGUAUAAUAAUGUACUGCAAAGAAAAUCAGAUUCCAGUGGUUUUUGCUUUAAAGCGUCAGUUGCUAGGCAAAGUAUUGCUGAAGAAGGUUCCUGUCAGCAUUUGUGGGAUAUUUAACUAUGAUGGAGCACAGGUGAGGAAAGUAAAAGUUUACAAAGCAUGAUUAUGCAGGCUAAUGCAAAUUACCAGUAGUGUUCAGGCAGACAGAAACAUGGAACUAAUUGGUGAACAUUUAGCAAUUUGAGAGCACUCUAGAAAAGACUAACUUACUCAUAGAACAAUAAAACCUUAGGGACUGAGAGUGGUGUCAGCAUUAGGGAGCUUUUUGCUUUGUAGAGAUCACAAUAGUGACACCACUUUUGAAACUCCACUGACAGUUUGUAAUUGUCUCUUUCACCUAAAAAAGUACCAUUUUUUAAACUUCUAUUCUUCAAGACAUCUCUCCAUAAUUUAUUUGCCAAGUGAAUGGUAAACUGGCUGUUGAUGUUUGUGUAAUUGCAAAGAGGACUGUACAUUAAAUACAUAAACUAUCAUCACCUGGGGCUAAGCUUUAGUAUUUGUUGUCCGCCACAGAGAGAGUCUGUAUUAAAGGUUUCUUUUUAAAGAGAAAUUAUGUCAGAAUUUAGUCAGGAAAUUGGAAACUGUGUUGGCCUUUGAAGGGUUUUUCCUCAGGCUUGUUGGCACCAUCCAACCUCCCAAUAAUGUUUGUCUGGCUAUGAAGAUACUUGUAUUUUUGACACAGGAUCAAUUCAAAAAACUCAUUGAGCUGACACAGAAGACAAAGAAAGCCUAUUCUGAGAAGUGGCAAGAAACCAGGGAAAAACUAGAGCAGUCCCAUAGGGAAUCAACAGGUACAUUGUAUGCUGAUAUUAUAAGACUUUUUCAUCAGACUGAGAAAUAUUGGUGAAGACUUUUAUUUGUCAGGCUGAUGUGAUGAAGCAAUCAACUCCUGAAACUGUUAUAUUCUAUUAGCCAUGAAAAACCCUUAUCAUCGAUUAUUAGAAGCUCCCUACCCAAGUGAAAUAAACUUACUUUUAUAAACGUAUACUCCACUUCUACAAGGUGCAAUCAUUUGGCAUUGAAACAUUGAUUUUGCUUCUACUAUUCUUGUUUUAAUGACAAAAGCUGAUGCUAAGUUGGAUAGUGCUGGGGAAGGAGAGUAUGCCCAUCUUUCAUGUGAUGUCACUGGAGAGAAUGCCAUGAACACACACCAUUUUGAAGAUACUAAUGAAGUUGACGAGGAUAAUGAUGAUGAUGAUGAUGGAGAAGAUGAAGACAAUGAUGAUGAUGAUAAUGAGGCAGAGAGUAGUCAUGACAUUGAAGAGAGUGAAGAUGGCAUGAUAUAAAAUGAUUUAUUUGUUCAGGAAUUGUAGUCAGCCCUUUGGCUUUUAGUUUAACAAGCCUACCAAAAAGACCCUCAUUAACUGGGGUGUUGAUUUGAUUUAGUUUAAGAAUGUUUCAAAAUGUUCAAGAUCAGGGAUGAUGAGCCAUAAAAAUGGGGUCUUUGCUUUGUAAGAUAGAAAAGAUUAGAAGGAGGACUACCAAGUUCAUCUAUUUUAAAUGGAGUGGACAAACCAAACAUUAAAAACUGUAAGGCAUUGGGAGCCAUUUGUGCCAAAAAUGUGAAUUGCUAGUGACAAAUCUCAAUCAUUAGUGCUAGAUAUGAAUCUCUAGUAAAAAAUCUCAAUUGCUAGUGCUAGUAACAAACAAAAAUUGGAAAUCAAUCUAGUUGCCAUUCUAAAUUGGUCAGUGGUUAAUGCAGAACCUCAGUUGCUUGUGUCAUGGCAUCAAAUUCCCAUGAGACUGCUAUUGAAAGCACUAAUUAGAAUCACUGGUGUUCUGAGGCAGAUUGAUUGCACUAAAUAUCAAGUGCAAUUGCAGUUUUUAUUAUCAAUCAAUAGUGUCAAACCUUUAUUGCUUUAUUUAAAAGUUUCAAGUUAAAAGAUGUCUGUGGAUUUUCGAAAACUAUGGACUUAUGUAAAACAUGUAUGUUUGAAAUGUAUAUUUAGUUAUGACCAAUUCAGUAAAGAUCAGAACAAGGCAAAAAGCUGUUGUUUUUGUGCAGGAUUUAGUUAGCCACUUUACCUAAAAUACAUCUCAGGUUAUUAAAAACAACUUUGUAGAAAUAUAUUACCAUCUACUCUAUAUUGUAAUUUAUAUGAUUAACUACCAAUUGUACAGAGCCAAAUUUAAUUUAUAGACAUUUGCCAAUGGUUAUUGUUAAUUAUGAUUUUUAAUAAGUAAUGAUUUAAAAGUUUAUGAGCAGACUUCAUUUGGUCACAAAAAUGAGAAUACUUCUCAAAGAGCAUACACAAUGAAAACUGUCUGCUUAUGCUGGUUAGCUUUACUAGUAUAAUGGUUGGCCAAGUUAACCGAUCUUGAUGCAGAAUGCCCACUGUAAUGCCAGAAACAGAGCAAACAUAAAACUUCACUAUUGUGUAAAGGACAUGAGACCAAGUAGUGUUUAAUUUAUUCUAUAUUAAUUUACAUGAUACCAAUCAUACAAAAUAAGAUGACAGUGAAGCUGAAGUCUGAUUCUUUAAAAACCAGUCAAUCCAAAUUGUAACAAAUUUUGAGGCACAAAUAUGUAUUGUUCAAACAUGUUCAGAGAUAACAAUGUACCAGUUGACCUUCUUCUAUGAGAAAAUGAAUCUAAAGUUUAUUUAACAGCACACAGUGCAGGUAUGCUUGAAAGUGAAAUAAAUUGUAAGAGGUGCGUUACAUGCUAUUCAAAAUUUUUGUUUUUCUUUAUACUUACAUUUAGAAGAAGUUAUUAAACUAGUUAUGUUAAACUCUUAUUCACAAAUGUAUUCUCAAUGUUUAAGUUAUGAACUUUUAUUGGACAGUGUGACAAAUAGGUAGCAUUAGAUGGUGAGUUAUAUGUAGCCAAUCAGAUUACAGCAUUUGUGAUAGAAUGCAAGAAGAUUAAUACUAAGUUGAUAGAUAACCAAUGUGAUUGUAGUUUUGAUUUUGCUCAGAUUAUCUAAUAUACAAUAUACACAAGUGGAAUUACUGUUUUAUUAAAAUGGGUUACAAUGUAAUGGCAGUAAAAGGAUUCCCUUCCAUGCUGAAGAGUGCAUAAAGAUUAUGUAACAGUAAAUUCACAUGGCUGGAACUGUUCCUAAUCAAUAGCAAGGCCACCAAAUGUCUCUCAAGUUGAAAUAAUUAAUAUUUUCUUUGUAAUUGUCAUUUUCUGACAUUUAUAUAAUUAUAGAAGUGCAGCAAGGGUUGACCUGUAUGACGCAGCAGAGGAGAAAUUUUUUUAGAAUAAAACAUACCAGGAGUCCUUUGGGGGCUCCUAUGCUUUACAUGACGAGCACCAAAUUGAGGAAUUGCUUAAAACUCAGAAAUCUCCCC